UGUGCUCAAACAAACAAAUGCUUGCGCAUGCUCCCCAAGACCUUCAGGCAUGCGUCCUGGCCAUCCCCGGAAGUAGUUUUGUACUGGCUGGCCUUCACGUGGGUGGAGAUGGAGACGGACCUUGGCUCCAGCGCCGGCGGCGGGGAUCUAAGUUCCCGAGGCUUCGGCUGCAGCCUCCGACACUUCGCCUGCGAACAGAACCUGCUCUCCCGACCCGAUGGCUCCGCCUCCUUCCUGCAGGGUGACACGUCAGUCCUUGUUGGCGUCUACGGUCCGGCAGAGGUCAAAGUCAGCAAGGAGAUCUUCAACAAGGCCACCCUGGAGGUGAUUCUGAAGCCCAAGAUCGGGCUGCCUGGAGUAGCAGAGAAAAGCAGGGAGCGGCUAAUCCGGAACACGUGUGAGGCUGUCGUGCUGGGGACCCUGCAUCCCCGAACCUCCAUCACCAUCGUACUGCAGAUCGUCAGUGAUGCUGGCUCUCUGCUGGCCUGCUGCCUGAAUGCUGCCUGCUUGGCCCUGGUGGAUGCGGGUGUGCCCAUGAGGGCAUUAUUCUGUGGGGUCACCUGUGCCCUGGACCCAGAUGGCGGCCUUGUCCUCGACCCCACAACCAAGCAGGAGAAGGAGGCUCGGGCCAUCCUAACCUUCGCCCUGGACAGCACUGAACAGAAGCUGCUCAUGUCCACCACCAAAGGACUGUACUCUGUGGCUGAGUUCCAACAGUGUCUCGCCGCUGCCCAGCACGCCUCCCAUCAUAUCUUCCGCUUCUACAGAGACUCUUUACAGCGACGCUAUUCCAAGAGCUGACCCAGAGCCGGGCCGGGGUCUCAGGCCUCUUCUCAGCUCUGAACACUCCCCACCCGCCUUGUGAAUCUGUCUGAGAUUUUGUCUGUCCUUGCAGGGAGUAUUGGGAGGGGGUCGGGCAAGAUCCCCAGGACCCCCUCUGUGGGCCUCAGUUUCCCCAUCAGUCAAGUCGGGGCUCUGGCCUUCCAGGCUUGGUCCAGCGCUAAAACCCUGUCUUCCUGUUGUUCCUGCCCAGACACUCAGGUGCUGGGGAAUGGGGCAGGAGCAAGCAUUUAUGUGGCACCUACUGUGUGCUAGGCACCGAGCUUAGAAUUUUACGAAUUGGUCUCUUUAAUCCUCGCAAUAGCCCUGGGAGGGAGGUGCUGUUAUUAUCCCCAGUUGACAUUUGAGGAAACAGAGGCAGGUGAAGUGACUUGCCCAGGGUCCCACCGUCUGUAUGUGUCUUGAGGCUGGAUUUGAGCCUGACCUCGGGGAACUUGUUCUUUCCUGGAGGGAUAAUUCAGAUCAAGGACAUUUGAAGAGGGGAGAGUGCUAACAUUUGGUGGGCAUCUGGAAACCGUCCUGUGGGGGAAGAAAAUAAGAUUGGUGUGGGCAGAGACUGUUUCUGUGUGCCUUGCACACGGUGGGCACUCAAUAAAUGCUUGUUGUGAACUGAAA